CGCGCUGUCGGCACAGAUUGCACGUUUCAUAUUUUAACGCGGCGAACAGCUGUGAGAAGAGAUGCACUUUAAAGCCAUUCAAAAUUAAAAAAAAAUUUUGGGAAGAUUUGUUCAUCUUUUUCAUGCUAUUUGUAUGCAUCGCUUUCUUGCCAAGUUAUGCAUCCCUGAAGAACCUCGUCUAUAUUAGCGUAACCGUGGCAUAUGUGUGGAUUAAUAACUUAGUGAAUGCAAAAUUCAAUUGGAAUAUAAGAAGUAGGUACGCCAACUUUUGGCACCGUUCUGAUGCACGUUCGGCGCGCGCGCGCGCGAGAGAGAGAGCUCGAGACGCAAAGUCUACACUGAGCGUGCGCUUGGGAGUGAGAGAGAACGCAACACAGUUCAUUUUUUAAACAGCGAACGGCGCGGUAAUGAGGGCAUUAGGCGAGAACGCCAGCUGACAGCACAAGUUUGCACCGUUCCCACGCCAACUUUUCACCUCCGUAAACCUGCGAAUGGAUGUGCGCUUCACUAAUGACAAGGACUUCAAGAGCUGAACCUGCUCGGCUGCCUUAAUAACUCCGAGAGCGCUGGUUUACUCUCGCAGACAGUCACAGAGUUCGUUCCUCUCGGAUGUUUUCUGCUCGGUUUAUGUCUGCUCAACGGGACUAGUGUUCGCGAACGAUGAGGCUGCUCUGCUGGAGCGUUCUGCUGCUCAUCCACUGGAUUCUGAGAAAGGUGCAUGGCUUGGAGAAACACGUGGGCAAACCUCUGGAUUAUCUGGAGCAGGGAGCGUCCAGCACAGUCUUCAAGAGCCUCCCGUACUCUGUUCCCGCUCCGUCAGGAGCCGUCAAACCUCCACACCAGACCUCCAGGAUAUUCUCCACGCUGGACCACACGCCCACGAAGCCCAAACCACCCACCUUCAGCUUCCAGAACCCCUACGAAUGGGUGCGAAACCAGUCGCAGCUCCAGGAUCACACAGGCUACCGUCCCAAACGCAAACCCUCCCUCAAAACCUCCAUGAAGACUAAAAAGAUCUUCGGCUGGGGCGACUUCUACUUCAACGUCAAGACGCUCAAGUUCAGUCUGCUGGUGACGGGGAAGAUCGUGGACCACGUCAACGGGACGUUCACGGUCUACUUCCGCCACAACUCCUCCAGUCUCGGGAACGUGUCGGUGAGCAUCGUUCCUCCGUCCAAAAUCGUAGAGUUCGAGGUUCUCCAGAAGCCUCUUCACCCGGAGAUCCAGUUCCACCAGCAGCACCAGUCCACCGUCGACCCCAAAGACAUCAAAGCCUUCAACUGUCGCGUGGAGUACGAGAAGACGGACCGCUCCAAGAAGCCCAAACCCUGCCUAUACGAUCCAUCGCAGACCUGCUUCACUGAAAACACCCAGUCGCACUCGUCCUGGCUCUGUGCCAAACCCUUCAAAGUCAUCUGUAUCUUCAUCUCCUUCUUCAGCAUCGACUACAAGCUGGUGCAGAAGGUCUGUCCGGACUACAACUUUCAGAGCGAGCAUCCGUAUUUGGGAUGAGGCAUUUUCCAUCUGCGUUUUAUUUCUAUAUAUGACCCUCACUCUUAAAAAUAAAGGGGCUUCACAAUGCCAUAGAAGAACCUUUAACAUCUGAAGAUUAUUGGAACCAAAAAUG